CCAGAUUACUCCUCCAGUCCCACCGUGUGUUCUUUGGCAGUGGCAAUUGUCAGUGUUUCUUUCAUUUAUUUGUUUCCAUAAGGUUUUGAUCAAACAAAAAUGGAGAGGCUCAAGUCUGUCAUACCUGACAGUAUUAAACAGAUAAUUGCAGAUAGCAAUCCUGAUGUACUUCCAUCAACAUCUUCUUCACUUCUUCACUUCCUCAUGAACUUGUCACAGUUUCACCAGAUGAUUAGAGAUUUGGUAGACCCAGAGGCUGCUCUUUGUGCUAAGAACAAGGAUGCAGCUAUGGAAUUGAAGCUAAAGGCCAACAAAUGCUAUAAGAGUGGCGACCAUGCGACGGCUUUGGCUUGCUAUUCCCAGGCAUUGCGCAUUGCUCCGGUAGAUGCUUUUGAAAUGGAUAAAAAUCUGGUUGCAACAUUAUAUCUGAACCGGGCUUCUCUAUUCCAUAAAAUAGGGCUUCUACUGGAGUGUGUAAGAGAUUGCAAUCGUGCACUGCAAAUUUCUCCAACCUAUGCAAAGGCGUGGUACAGGAGGGGCAAGGCAAAUGCUGGUUUAGGAAACUAUGAAUAUGCAGUUUGUGACUUAAAUGUUGCGAAAAAUGUGGAGUUGUCAUUUAGUGGAAAGAAACAAAUAGAAAAUGAACUGAAGAUAAUUGCAGGCCAAUGUGCAGGCUCAGCCAGUAGAUCAUUUAACCAUAUUGAUAAUAGCUUGGGGAGCUUCAAUCUUUCAUGCCAGAUGACACACUCAGAAUACAAGCUGUUACGUGUAACCACUCCAGACAAAGGAAGAGGCAUGGCCUCAGGAUGUGAUAUUCCUCAAGCUUCGUUGGUGCAUGUGGAAAAACCUUAUGCGCUGAUUGUUUUGAAGAAUUGCCGAGACACACACUGUCAUUACUGCUUGAAGGAACUACCAGCAGAUACAGUCCCCUGUCUAUCAUGUUCAGUUCCACUGUACUGCUCCCAGCUUUGCCAAGUACAUGCAGGAGGAAAAACAAUGAGCUAUUGCAAUACUAAAGAUGGAAUUGAUGAAAGUCUUCCUGACGAUGUCAAAGAGCAUAUUACAGAGGUCGCUCUACAUAGUCCUUCUGAUCCAGAUGCUGAGAGCUUUCCUGAACAUAAACAUGAAUGCCUAGGUGUGAACUGGCCUACAGUAUUGCCAACUGAUAUAGUUUUGGCUGGUCGAUUACUAGCAAAAUCUAUAUCUGAAAUAGGUUCUAUGGAGGGAACACUGGAUCUUUCUCACAGUUAUUCACAAAUUAAUCCAGAAGGCAAAUUGGAAUUGCAUAUAUUUGCUAUUGUACUGUUAUGCUGUCUUCAACAUUCUUUUGGCUUUGAACUUCCAAUAAAUGGAGUCUCGUUAUCACAGGCCAUCAUACUUGUAUCUCAAGUCAGAGUGAAUGCCAUGGCUGUUGUCCGAAUGAAAUCUGUCGAUGCUCAUUGCCCAUCAGACCAUUUAGUGAAGUUAUCCCAUAGUGGAGAUGCUUUAACAAGUAGUGUGGAGCAGGUCCCAGUGGGUCAAGCAAUUUAUACAGCUGGAAGUUUGUUCAACCAUUCUUGCCAGCCAAAUGUCCAUGCAUAUUUCCUUUCCCGUACACUCUUUAUUCGCACAACAGAACAUUUAGCUACAGGCUGUCCUCUGGAGCUGUCCUAUGGUCCUCAAGUUGGCCAAAGGGACUGUAAAGACCGCCUCAAAUUUCUACAAGACAAGUAUUCAUUUAGAUGUCACUGCAAUGGCUGUUCGAUAGUAAAUCUAUCUGACCUGGUCCAGAAUGCUUUUCGAUGUAUCGAUCUUAAUUGUGUUGGGGUAGUCUUGGACAGGUCCGUGAUUAAUUCUGAGAUAAAGAAACUCAAGAACUUUCCUAGAGCUCCAGAAAGACAGAGAUUAGACCUUUGUUUGCAGGUUGAUGAUUUAGCUCACCUUGCGCUUGAGCUAAGCAAUGGCCCUCUGCAUAUUCAGCCUGGAUGUUGUUUAAAUUGUGGUUCUUAUUGUGAUCUGGAAGCUGUGCAUGAAGGUAUGAGGACAGCUUGGAUUUAUUUCAAAAGGUUGCAGGAUGCAAUAGUUGUAAAAAAAAUUUCAACUACUGUUAUUACAGAUGCUUCAAGAGCUCUUGGUGCUUUAAGGUCAAUAUUGCAUGCAUACAACAAGCACAUUGCAGAGGCUGAAGACAUUCUUGCACAAGCAUUUUGUCUAGUAGAAGACUUUCAAUCUGCAAGGGACCAUUGUAGAGCAUCAAUCAAGAUACUUGAAAUGCUUUAUGGCCCAGAUCAUAUUGUCAUUGGAUAUGAAUUGAUCAAGCUUUCAACCAUUCAGCUAUCAAUGGGAGACCUUUCUGCUGUGGACAGCAUAAAUCGGCUAGGUGCAAUAUUUGAGCGGUAUUUUGGAUCACACGCAGACUUCAUCUUCCCAUAUCUGCAAACGCUAAGAGAGAAGCUUGCAAAUUAGUUGGGGGAAAGGCUAACUAUGGGGAGCAAGUUUUGGCCUUACUAUAAAUAAUUCAAUGCCUCAGUCUCUUCGUGAUUGUCAACAGUAUUUUAUUUGUUGAUGCAUAUUUGUUACCAUUUUAGGCGAGUUCUGUUGAGGCUGCUGUCCCUGGAACAGAAGAUAUGUAAUUAUCAGAAAACCUUUUUCAUGCUUUCACGCAUGGUGGCUUUGCCGAGGGGAACAGCCCCGAUUUGUCAUGCUUUUACAUGUGGAGGCUUUGCCGAGGGGAACGGUCCCGAUUCCUCAUGUAUUCUUAUGUAAUUUUUUCAAUAUGUGGAAAAUUCCAGUAGCUUAUGAGUUAUUAGUAUGGUAAUUAGGUCAUUUUAGCCUAAAAUUCUGUUAUAUACGUGGUUCAUCAUCACUAGUUGUUUUAUGAUUUUGAGUUGCCAUUUACAAAUGUUUGUGUAUAAAUAUCAUUGAACUUGUGUAUUGGCAUGCUAAAGAUUAAUGAUCAUUUUAGCCUAAAAUUCUGUUA